AUGGAAGUCGCUAGAUCAAGGAAAGGAAUCUUCAUCUCUCAAAGGAAGUAUGUCAUUGAUCUCCUAAAAGAGACAGGAAUCCUAGGGAGUAAACCAGCUGACACACCAAUAGAUCCAUACAACAAAGUAGGAUCCAAACAGGACAGUACACCGGUAGAUAAAGGGCAGUACCAAAGGUUAGUAGGAAGACUAAUCUACAUUUCCCAUACAAGACCAGACAUAGGAUUCUCAGUGAGUGUUGUAAGCCAAUUUAUGAACAACCCUACAAAGGAACAUAUUGAGGCAGCAUAUCGGAUUCUGAGAUAUCUUAAAAGUACAUCGGGCAAAGGACUAGCAUUUACAAAAGGUUCAGAUAGAGGAAUCAAGGUGUUCACCGAUGCAGAUUGGGCCGAAUCUCUCUCUGAUAGGAGGUCCACCUCAGGUUACUGUACAUUUGUGUGGGGCAAUCUCGUCACGUGGAGAAGUAAGAAACAAUCCGUUGUUGCAAGGAGUAGUGCAGAAGCUGAGUAUCGUGCCAUGUCACAAGGAAUAUGCGAAGGAAUGUGGCUUAAAAGAUUGCUCAACGAACUCAAAGUUGAGAACUUAGAGUCAAUCACACUCUUGUGCGACAACCAGGCAGCUAUAAGCAUUGCAAGGAUUCCUGUCCAUCAUGAUUGA